AUGGAGGUCUUUGCGAUGGACAGAGAUUUUUUCCUGGUGAAGUUGGGGAAUGAUCAAGACUACUUCAAAGCCCUCUCUGACGGGCCUUGGGUGAUCUUCGAUCACUAUCUUGUUGUUCAACAAUGGACACCGGCUUUCAGGGUCACGGACAAACUUCCAAGUACGAUGGUGGUGUGGGUUCAAUUUCCGUGUUUUCCCGUUCACUUUUACCACAAGGACCUUCUGUUCUCACUGGGUAAUCUAAUUGGGAGGGCGAUUAAGCUUGAUUUCCACACUUUGCAUCAGCAACGUACGAGAUUCGCGAGGGUUGCUGUCGAGGUGGAUCUGUCACAGCCACUGGUUCCAAGAAUCCGCCUUGAUGGGAAAUGGCAGAGGGUUAAAUCCGAGAAUCUUCCGAUUGUCUGUUUCGAAUGUGGAAAGAUUGGACAUACAAAGAUUAGCUGCCCUGUGCUCUACCCGGAACAAGCUAGCAAUAGAGAGGCGGAAUUCUCACCGACCCCGACGACAGCUUCCGUCGAACCUUCGUCGGAGGAAGUCUCUGGAUUUGGCCCCUGGAUGCUGGUCACGAGGAAAUCACGCCGCAAUCAACGGGAGAUACCAAAUCAGGGGCGUCCGGAUCAGGCGGAAGGGAUCAGUGAAGGGACAAUCAACAAACAAGAAAGGAAAGAGGCGUCUGUGAGGAAGGAAAAUGGGAAGCCACCAAAUCAGGCUGGGAUCAAAUCUUCUCAACAGAAACAGAGUCCGCAGGCGACGCAAGGGGGAAGCUCGAGCAAGAAUGGGAAAGGGGAAAACAAAAAAGGAAAAGAAGCUGUUUCGGUAGAACUGGAGGGUGAAAAGGCCUCGGGUAUUCUGGGCCCGGUCCCAAGGUUGGAAAGCCCAAAAUCAAGGAAAGGGUCAGCCAGCACCAAAUCUGAUGUUGCGUCUUCUUCUGGGCCUAAGGAGGUUGGGCCGAACGCAAUUAAUCAAGUUGGGCUGGUAACCCAUUCAGUCAAAGGUGAAAAGGGAACCAAUUUUUUUAUUGUUGAGGCCCAGCCUUAUGACCCCUCACCGACCAGGAUAAUCGACCCAGCUGCCCCCUCUGCUGUCUUGCGAACGAAACAGAGGAAGGAAAAGAGGAAAGGAGGACAGGGGAAGAACAGAGGCCAGGAUAGACGGGUCUCUUUAACUCUACAACAGAUUAAAGAGUGGACGGAGUUGAUCCCUGAAAAUAGAGACGGCGAGGCCCCUCGGGAACCUGCUCCCUCAGCGGCUGGCUUCCGCCCGAAACCGACCGACGGGAAUGGCCCUCCGGCCUAG